UCUGCUUUUUAAAAGAGACCACGGCAACUUCUCCACUUGCCAAAAAACAAAAACAAAACAAAAACAAAAACAAAAACACAUUCGCGUUUCACUGAAGGCUUCGGCCGAGGCUUCAGGAGGCAGGACGGGCGACUGUCAAACUAUCACACCGUUUCAAUGGAUUUUGAGAGCGAUCUUUCACAGUCUACAGAGUACAAAAGUUUCCGCAGCACUGUUCCUCUGAAACAGGUUGUUGUUGAUAAUGAUGGCUUGAAGGUUUGGAAAUUAUACGAUGCAGGACCUAGAGGGGUUCGAUGCCCCCUCAUAUGCCUCCCUCCAGUCAGUGGAACAGCAGACUGCUUCUACAAGCAGAUCCUGCCCCUCACAGCAAGAGGAUACAGAAUCAUCUCAAUUGAGUACCCUAUAUAUUGGACAGUCAAUGAAUGGUGUGAGGGCUUCAAGCGAUUGCUUGAUCUUCUUGAAGUGGAUCGUGCACAUUUGCUAGGGGCUUCGCUAGGGGGGUUCCUGGCACAAAAAUUUACAGAACACACAGCAAAUUGCCCUCGAGUGGCAUCAUUGCUCCUCUGCAAUUCCUUCAUUGACACCAAGAUCUUCAACUAUACUGACUCAGCCCCUGUGUUCUGGAUGCUGCCAGCUACGUUGCUCAAGAAGAUGAUCAUAGGACGUUUUCCAAGGAAACUGAUGGACUCCCAGAUAGCUGAUUCUAUAGACUUCAUGGUUGAGAGACUAGAGAGUCUGAACCAGAGUGAGUUGGCAUCCAGACUUACCCUCAACUGCUCUCCAGCCUAUAUUCAGCCACAGAAGGUUCAGGUGGAAGUAACGAUACUGGAUGUCUUUGAUGAAUCUGCCUUGUCACAAACUGUUAAAGAGGAGGUUUACAAGUGUUAUCCCUCAGCACGUCUAGCACACUUGAAGACUGGUGGAAACUUUCCUUUUUUAGCCAGAGCAGAUGAAGUUAAUAUAUAUAUUCAGGUUCACCUUCGAGCCUAUGAAGGAACUGACAAAAGUGCAACUGAUUCAGGCACUCCAGUGGAACGAUAAAAUGAUCAACAAAAGAUAUAUGACAAAUUCUAUAGGAAACCACUAGUGACAAAAGUACAAGACAUAUCAGAUAUAUCAGUUUCCUAUGUAUUGGAUGUCACUUUUAUUAUAGUUAAUAGUAAGAACAAAUUUCCUAGGAUUUUCUAUUGCUAUAUGUGUAAAGCUGUAUUGUUAUGCGAGUUUUGAUAUUCGUAGUCUUUGUAAACAUUUCAUAGUGAUGUGUUCAUUCCAUAGGAGAAAUAGGGAAUGUUGAUUUUCUUAUUGGAACUAGGAUAAAGAGUAGAGAUAUUUUUUCACCUUGGAUCGGGUAUGGGAUGUGUUAACUGUAGACAAACAUUUUUUAAAUUCUACUUUUGUUAAGGAAUGCUUUAAAACUAUGGGUCAAGCAUUUUGUUGGAGUGCUAACUGUAUCAUUUAUCUGACAGGAAUGGACAACUGGACACAGAAAAUAAAGUUAUGCUUGAUGGCAAAUGUUUCUGUAGGGAUUGUUUUGUAAGAAAACUCAAAGUAGUUUUGAGGUUACUUUUAAGUAAGUCAUGAUGAAUCUUAUGUCAUGAUAUCCACUUUGGAAGUUAGUGUUUGAAGUCAGCUUUAUGUUCUUAAUGAAGGGCUGUGACACCAAUAUAUGCAAAUAUGCCCCAGGGUUUUGGUUAGGAGCUGACAUCUGUUACUAAUCUGCUAGUUGUGGGAAAUAUAUUGAUAUUGAAAGGUUUAGGUUUAAUAGAGAAUAAUGACAGCAUUGUAAAGUGUUUUCUGGUGUUUACAUGUAUCAAACGCAAAAGUUUCUAACAUGGGGCUCAAUAUAUCGAAAUAGCAGUGCAUCAUUCUGUAACAGAGAGGAGAGGAUGUGCAAUAUAUUAAUGGUUAGAUUAUUUUUUGUAUUGAUCUUAGGGUGAUAAAAGUAUGAAUAUUCAGCAGUAAUUCUGCAAUAUGUAAUCCUGUUCCUACUGUUUGCUUAAUAUAUUUUGUUGCUUUUAUUGUAAAUAUUAAUCUUUUGAGUAUAUAUUUGUAUUUCCAGUGCAAAGGAUAGUGCUGGUGAGGUUUUGGUGGUUUAUAUAACAAUAUCUUUGUAUUUUCCUUUAUAUUUUUGUUUCAGUUUCAGAACUUUAAAGUUAUUUGGAUCU